AUGACUUGGAAGGGUGUUUUUCUGGGACUUCUGCUUGUCUGUGUGGCAGCAGAAGAAGAUGUCGAGAGCUCUGGUCAGAUGAGAAAGGCUUCGUGCCCUGAGAUGGAGGAGCUCAUGGCGUGUCCCCUGAACCUCGCUCCAGUCUGCGGCAGCGAUGGGAACACUUACGCCAAUGAGUGCGCCUUGUGUGUGGAGAAACAAAUGACAAAGCAGGAGAUACUGGUUGCCAAGGAGGAGAGCUGCUGUGGUCAAUUAGAGUGUAUCUAA